GGCAGUAGUGUUGUGACCGGCUAUAAAGGGCGGGGACCCGGGGCUGGAGGGAGAGCGCAGAGCGGAGCCUCUCGCAGUGCCGAUGGAGCCCGAGCCCGAGCCCCGGCCCCGGGGCGGCCCCCGCAGGGUCAGUCCGUCAGUGUACGGUCAGCGCUUCGACUCCGCUCUCCGCAAGAAAGCGGCCGCCGACAUCUUCCAGGACGUGGACCGCGCGGCCCUCCAGCGGCUGUUCCAGCGCUCCGGGGACAAGGCGGCGGAGGAGAGGGCGCACAUCGUCACCAUCCCCCAGGACAGCGAGGACACCGCCCGCGCCCUGACCGCCCUCGGCCGGAGGAAGAGGGAGAAGCUGCUGCAGCUGCUGCGCGCGGGCAGGAGGUCCGUGAAGAUCCCGUGAGCGCGCGAGCGAGCGAGUGAGUGAGUGAGUGUCCUCCCGGUGGGGAGAAGGCGACACGAGAGAGAGAGAGAGGGAGAGAGAGAGAGGGUCCGUGUCACUGACACCGGAGAGAGGACCACAGGCGGUCCCACACGCACUUCGGGCGGUGGAGGACCUUUACCGAGAAGGGGAUUUCAGUCAUUCUCUCGACCGACGCGGGUUUCUGCCUUCGGGCGGCACAGCCCCGACCCGUGUGCCCACCGCACCCACACAGGUGCCCUCCGGAGCCCAAGUGGGACCUGCGACUGCGCUGAAGCUGUGAGGACCCCCCAACCCCA